AUGACGUCGGUCUUCGCUUCGGGCAACACGGCCGUUAUUACGGGUGGCGCUGGGGGUGUCGGCCUGGCCAUUGCACAGAAAUGCGUUGGCCACGGCAUGAAGGUUCUCAUCGUCGAUCGCGACACGGAGCUUCUCAGAGCUGCCGAAAGAGAGCUCGGUGAGACUGUCACCGGCUUUGAGCUAGACGUAGGCCAGGUUGAGGGUUGGGAAAAGCUCAAGAUGGUAGUCACGGGCUCAUUCGGAAAUCGCAUUGAUCUCCUGGUUCUCAAUGCCGGUGUAGGAGGCAAAUCCAAUUGGCAAGACCCAGUCAGCUUCCGCAGGAUCCUCGACACCAAUCUAUAUGGCGUCAUCAAUGGCAUCAGCAGCCUUCUACCGCUCGUGGGCGACGGACAGUCAUCCAAGUCGGCCGUCAUCAUUACGGGCUCAAAGCAAGGCAUCACGAAUCCGCCGGGCAACCCGGCAUAUAACGCCAGCAAGGCGGCAGUCAAGAGCCUCGCCGAGCAGCUGUCAUUCGACCUAAGGAACACGGCUACGUCUGUGCAUCUCUUGAUCCCUGGAUGGACCUUUACCGGACUCUCUGGUUCAAGGUCUGGUGCGGAGAAGCCAACGGCCGCCUGGACCGCCGAGCAAGUCGCCGAGUACCUGGAGCAGAAGAUGGCCACGGGCCUUUUCUACAUUCUCUGCCCAGACAACGAGGUGACAGAGAAAUUGGAUCGCUCGAGAAUUCUUUGGAGUGUUGGAGAUGUGAUUGAGGGACGGCCGCCCCUAAGCAGGUGGCGUGAGGAUUACAAAGAGGAGGCACAGGCAUGGAUCGCCAAGCAGUUGUAA